CGCUUAUUCCAUUCUCAACGAAAGUUUUGUCACUUCCUGAAGAAUCUAUAUUUUGUGCAAUGUUCGCUUUCUGCCGGUUGACAAUUCUUAUGAGUUCACUCUUCAUUAUCAUGCAGAUAUAAAUGUAGUAAUUAAACAUUUCUCCGUAAACUCAGAAACUUGAUGGGAUUCCCCAUUGUACAGUAGACUACCAGUUUUGCACUGAAAACGGGUUAUACAUUCUGCGCUACCUACUUCUCUCGGAACUACUAUAAAGCUUCUGAUGCGUCGUAGUUGACUAGAAAGUGAUUGUGAAAUACGAAUUAGUUGAUUGGAUGAAACUUGGACUCAAGCACAAAAGCUUGGGUAUUUAUUUAUUUUGAAAAAUAAAAACUUGUAAGAUACUUUGCAACAAUUUGAUACAAAAGUGCAAUUGUAGUUAGAAGGGGGAAGUAAACUUUAGUGUACCAUAGUUUACUGAUUAAGCAAAGAAGUGACGGAAGUUUGUGCGUGUUACUAAUUCAACUCGUCGUCGUCUAUCCAAAUCCAGGCUAUAGUCGAGGCUAAUAACAAAAUAGACAAAUCAAGGGUCAUUGCGCAUUAAAACCUUAAAGCAAACAGAUGAUCAGAACCUACGUUUCCUUCCUUGUUGUCUACGGUAAUAUAAUACAAAACAACAGCCGUAAUGUUGCAAAUACUGGCUGAUAUAUUUCGCCUGUUUGGGAUGCUGCUCCUGCUAUUUAAAAUUCUAAAAACAAAAUCGUGUGCGGGAGUGUCAAGGCGCACACAAAGCCUUCUAGCAAUAGUCCUUCUCACGCAGGACUUAGUCGACAUCGGAUUAAGAAUUCUUCUUGUCAUUUGUGCCGUUACUAUAAUCAUCUUAAUCUAUGGACCAUUCUCACACACAUAUGAUGAAUCACACGACACAUUUCCUAUUAAAUUACUACUUAUUCCAUGCUUAGCACUAGCCUUAAUUCUAAACUACGAAUUCACUUGGUAUCAGAUCCUGUGGGCGUUCCUAAUUUACUUGGAGGCAGUAGCUAUUGUACCGCAAAUUUGGCUGACUCAUAAAGUAGGAUACACUAAGUAUAUGGGCGUUUAUUUGCUGUCGCUUGGAAUCUAUAGCGCACUCAACAUGUUGUACUGGAUUAUUAUCUUCUUCUGUUUCCAUAGCGAUUCCAAUGUACACCUUAUCAGUAGUAUUGCGUACACUUGCUUCUUUAUUAUUUUCCUGUUUUUAAAAUGUAAAAGUAAUAAGGAUGAAGUCAAACUAGUGAAUGUCAAUGUAAUAGACUAUGAAAAACCUAGCCCCUUAGAUAUAAAUAUUGACAAUAAGGAUACGCAGCUGGCAAUUAAGAAAUGGGGUAGGCCAGAUAGGUGGUAAAAUCAAAAAAAAACUAAAACUAUUAAUAAUUUUGGGAAAAUAUAUUAAUAGGCAUAAAAAUAUUGUGACUUAAAUAGCACCACCACUUUGUAAAUAGAUUACCAAGGAUAUGCACUCAUUUGAAGAAUCUCAAGAAUUGUUAACUGUACUAUUUAUAAUAUGUAACUUAUAUAACUUAUGUAUAAUUCGCUUAUUAUAUUUUCACAAAACUUUCGAAAAAAAAA